UACUUGCCUUGUUUUCCCAGGAAUACAUCUUCCAGGUGCAUUUCAAAAUGGACUAACUGCGGAGCGAACCCAUCCCAUCAAUAGCGAUUUGUUUGUUUGGGCAGUUUCAAUGCGCUCCUGCCCAGCUGCAUCACAAUGAUCAUUUCCUGCAGCGACAAUCUUUGAGCGAAGCAAGAAAAUGUCGAUAUCGCAUUUGUUCUUGGAAGCAGCUCACACUACUUGAGAAGCUCUUAGUAGAAGGGACGUGCGAUAUUCAUUCCAGGAUGGAGUGGGUCGAAAUUAUUGAACCUCGCACAAAGGAGCAUAUGUAUGCAAACCUCUCGACUGGAGAGUGUGUUUGGGACCCACCAUUCGGUGUGCCUGUGAAAAAGACUGAUGAUAACCAGUGGUGGGAGCUUUUUGACCAGGCAACUCAAAGGUUUUACUACUACAAUGCAACCUCGCAGAAGACUGUGUGGCACAGGCCGCACAACUGUGACAUCAUUCCCCUAGCAAAGUUGCAGACUUUGAAAAAUAACACUGAAGUCAGUGACGAGACCUCUUCAAUAAAGAAGGAGUCGGUUGCCACUCAGACCCCAGGCAGAUCAGUUAAAUGGCCUAAGUCAGAAAAGCAAGACUCUCUUGCUUCAACUCCAGUCCAAACACACAAAACAUCUUCAACAAAAACCACUCCUACUAGCAGCUCGUCUCCCAAUGGGAAACCCUUGUGCACCCAGACCCAAACCAGUCCUGCUAGUUCUCCUCUCUCAAACAAGCGAACGCAGCGAGUGAGUCCCUCGUCUCCCAGUGCUAGUCCAGCCUCUGAGGAUUCCAGCAGAGCAAAGGGGGCAUUUGCAGAUGAUGCGGAGAAGAGGGGCAGGCGCAGCAAAAAUGUCAGCAAACCAGAAUCCAGCAGGUCAGCAAGCUCAUCAAGUGUGCCGCACAAGCAUGCUUCAGUUGAUGAUGGGUUUGCGUCUAUUGAAUCUCAGAAAACACCGCCUGGAGCUACACCAAAGACUCACACUGGUAGCAACAGUAGCCGAGGCAGUAAUCAAAUUCGCCACCAGAGAGAAUACAGGGAGACGAAACACUCUCCCAGUGCUGACAUUGGCAUCACGGUGUCUACCAGCACUCCUCUCUUCAGUAAGAAGAAAAGCCCAAGUGCAGCCGCAAUCGGCUCAAAUGCAGCUCAGAGUCUUGAUCGUUAUGGACUAUCAGACCAACCUGCAUCAUUUGUGAUCCCCAAACAGCGCAGCUUUGACGUUGCCAGGGAAAAAUCAUCGCCCUCAGCUGAGAGAGGCACAUCGCAGCAUGAACUGGUCAGCAAUCAUCCCUCGUCAAGCUCGCUCUGCCGCAGCUACAGCUUCAUGCAGACUCGCCCCGAGUUAGUCAGCAAUAAAUACCAGCAGCAACAGCAUCACAGUCGCAGCUGCAAGUACAAUGACGACGACGCCAUGCACGAAAAGUACUUCAUGGUGUCUCCAUCUGGUCUAAGGAGUGUUGAGUCAACGCCACAGGCCAGACGCAAGUACCUGCCUACCGGCCAGGAGUUUUUAAGGACCGAAACAGCUGUCACGCCGGUCGGACAUAGAAAGUCAAAUGCUGAAAAGUAUCACCUGGAAGGUGCUCGGUCUGCUGAUUCUAGUCCAUUGACAAGAGCAGAAAACACCGUCAUUGGGGCGGCGCAUGAAUCCGGCCCUGGCCCUGUGGAGUCAAAAUUAGGCUUGAACAAGUCAAUCUCGUCUAAUAGUCCCCUACUCUCCCCCGCUGACUCUGGCCUUCACACCACAGGUAGCAGCUCCAGCAGGAGGGGUACAGACAUCACAAGAGAGCCAAGCUUUUCCCAUCGCUCAGACAGCGAAGCAACUUCAGGCAGCAUUAGAAGCAGCUCUGAUUGUGCGCAUCAUCACAACGGCUCCGCGUCUUCUAGCACAGCAAGUAGAUCGGUAGUUGGAGACCCUUCAUCCAAGCACCUUUACACUAAUUUGGACUACUCGUAUCCGUUGGAUCCUGCUACUCAGGCUCACCUACUCCCUCUUCAGCAAUACAUUUUGGAGCAAGCAAAACUUUCAGGUUGCUACAAGUUCAGUGAUCCAUUGAAUGAUGAACAAGAUUCGCUCCAUUCAGAGGAGUCGGCAGGCAGACAUGAUGAUGACAGUGAUGAGUUUGCUGACGAUGAAGGCAUGUCUAACCCCGACUCGAGCUCGCAGGAAUAUUUGGAUGACGCUCACUAUUUGGACCCCGACAGCGAUGAUGAUCUGCCCAUUCCAAGGCGGACCUGCAGCCACCACCAAAGUUCCUCUUCGAAGCCGCAGCCUCCUCCGCACCACUCAACAUCCCCCUACAAUUACAUGAGCAGUAACAGACCGAAACCAAGCAGAAGUCACACGUUAAUGGAAUCGACAAGGGGCAAUUACGACCUCCCCGACUGUAAGAAAGAUGAUGAAGCCACUUACUAUAACUCAAUGGCUGCCACUGCCCCAUCCGCCAGUGUUUUGACCGCUGGAGGGGCGCGGGGCAUGAGUUUGGCGCUACAGUCUGGUUCAUACCCCCUUGAGACGCAACACGCGUCGUUGAAGCGUAAGAAGGAACCAGCUCCAAUGCCUCCAGUAUUGUACUCACCAGUUUUGGAGAAGAGUGAGUUGCUGCGUGCUCCUCAAAGCAGUAACCACCCGCAGCACCACUAUCACCAACACCAACAUCAGAGUCAACAUCAGAUGAUGUCGUGUCUCUCUUCCAAUGGGGGGUGUCGCAUGCAAACCCUGCCAAUAGCAAUAUCGCCCCCAAACUCUUAUCUUGUUGGCCCUUGUGUCUUCCAGCCCGUCAUGAUUUCCACUGAUCAGCUGCCACGACAAGCAUCAAAAUUUUUGAUGAAUCCUUCAGCCAAAGAAAAAAGGCCUCCAUCAGACAGCGACAUUGAAAAAUACGCUGAGGACAAUCUGAAUUUCCACAAAAAAGGAAUAUUCAGGAAAAAAUUCACCAUUAGAGAUAUGCUGUCAUGGACACAAGAUGGCAUUCAAAAGCCUAUGCUGGUGCUGAAUGACAAGGCACUCAAGAAGGAGGCUUGUGAGCUAUUCAAACUGGUGCAAGUGUACAUGGGUGAUCGCAAGACCAAGCCAGGCAGCACCUUGUUUUCUGUUGCUUUAGAGAUUUGUAUUACUGGCUACACCAAGCCUGGUCUUCGAGAUGAGCUUUAUAUCCAGAUCUGCAGGCAAACUACUGAGAACCCCAGAAAGGAGAGUCUUCGUCGGGGAUGGGAGCUCCUUUCAAUAUGUCUCGCAUUCUUCCCACCUUCAGAAAAAUUCCAAAAAUAUUUGGAUGGCUACAUGAACAGACACAGAGACCCAAGUUUGAACUUCCCAGAAGUCGGGAAGUGGCCCAUUCAUGUUCAAAUUAGUCACUUCGCCAAGAUCUGCUGUCAGCGAUUGGAGAGGAUAGGAGUGACCGGCAGGAAGCAGCCAAAGAAACCAACCAUUGAAGAAAUUGAACAGGCAAAAAUUCAAAUCUUCCGCACAAGCAUGUUUGGAAACAACCUGGACGAAGUUAUGGAGGUCCAGAAGGAGAGGUACCCCCAAAGGAAGCUGCCUUGGGUUCAAACCACUCUAUCAGAAGAGGUGCUUAGACUGCAAGGUGCACAGACUGAAGGAAUCUUCAGGGUGUCAGCUGACAUUGACGAGGUGGCAGCUAUGAAAUCGCAAAUUGACCAGUGGCAGCUCACCGACACCUGUGAUCCUCACCUGCCGGCGUCCUUGUUGAAACUGUGGUAUCGGGAGCUGUAUGAGCCUCUCAUCCCGGAUUCUAUGUAUGAAGAGUGUGUCAAAUGCCAUGACGAUCCCCAGGCGUGCCUUGCUAUUGUCCAGAUGCUGCCUGAGCUCAACAGACUUGUGCUGUGCUACCUGGUCAGAUUCCUACAGAUUUUCGCCAGACCAGAGGUAGUCCAAGUGACAAAGAUGGAUGCUAGCAAUCUUGCUAUGGUGAUGGCCCCCAAUUGCCUUCGAUGUCGGUCGAACGAUCCCAGAGUCAUCAUUGAAAAUGCCCGCAAAGAGAUGGCAUUCAUGCGCACUCUGAUCCAGACUCUAGACACAAGUUUUAUGAGUGAAGUAUUUUAAAUUGUUGCAAAAUUUGCCUCACUCUUCAACUCAAUAUGCCACACUAAUAUUGAACUAACAAAACUAUUGUCAUAUUUCCCACGAGCUAUAGCGAAUUCCACGUAAAGUUGUCUGCCAAAACGUUGUGAAUCUAGUAAGCUGAACAUUCUCUUUUAGUUUGUUUUGGCCUUUUGCACCUGAAUUAUACUGGGAGCGUUAUUUAGUGAAUUUGACGACACUCGCGUCAGUUUUUUGAUUUGCACUGCUAGUCCUAAAUAUUUUGAGGGUUCAAAAUUUCAGAUACAAAUCUUCGACCCUCUUUAAAUUGAAAAAAUUUAA